AGAAGUGAGCACGAUUACAGUUUUAACUUCUCUUCCUAGCAAAUUACGAUCACAAUUCUUUCCAGGCUUCUUUUUCGGUCUUCUUGCUUCCUUGGAGCUAGGGUAACAGUUUUUGUGUCUUCCAUUACACGCUUCAGCAUUGUCACAACGACAAUGAGCAGUGUAAAGAAACCUUUUCAACGACUUCCCACAAGCGUGCUGCCAAAGAACUACAAACUGACUUUGCAGCCAAAUCUUACAGAAUUUACCUUUACUGGAGAAGAAGUUAUCGAUGUGGAGGUAAAACAAGAAACCAACAAAGUGAUUAUCAACUGUCUUGAUGUAAAUGUUACCUCAGCCAGUUUUUGUUUUGGAGAACAAAGUUACCCUUCCUCAAAUAUCUCUCAUUGUGUUGAGGAUGAAACGGUGGAAAUAAGUUUUGAAUCACCUCUUCCUUUGGGGCAAGGUGAACUAUGCUUGGACUUCACUGGAGAACUGAACAACAAAUUGAAAGGAUUUUACAGAUGUAAAUAUACUGGGGAGGAUGGCAGUGAGAAGUUCUGUGCUGUCACUCAUUUUGAGCCAACAGGGGCUCGUAGAGCAUUUCCUUGUUGGGAUGAACCAGCCAUUCGUGCCACUUUUGAUAUCACCUUGAUUGUUCCAAAGGACAGAGUGGCUUUAUCCAAUAUGAAUGUAAAAGAGGAGAAAGAUCAUGCCGAGGAUACCUCCCUUAAAGUAGUGAAGUAUGCCAGGACACCAGUCAUGUCUACAUACCUUGUUGCUUUUGUUGUUGGCGAGGUCGCUAAAAAGUGCCUGCCAUUUUACAAAGAAUAUUUUGGGAUUGGUUACCUUUUACCAAAGCUUGACCUCAUUGCUAUUCAAGACUUUGUCAUAGGGGCUAUGGAAAACUGGGGUCUUGUCACCUACAGGGAAACCUGCCUUUUGAUAGAUCCAACUGAUUCUUCUUCAGCAGCUAAACAGUAUGUGGCUUUAGUUGUUGGUCAUGAACUUGCUCAUAUGUGGUUUGGAAAUUUGGUGACAGUGGAAUGGUGGACACACUUGUGGCUAAAAGAAGGGUUUGCAUCAUGGAUAGAAUAUCUCCUUGUAGAUCACUGCUUCCCAGAGUUUGAUGUGUGGACACAGUUUGUGAGCACUGAUUUUGCCAGUGCCUUGAAACUUGAUGCACUGAAUAACAGUCAUCCAAUUGAGGUUCCAGUGCAACAUCCAGGGGAGAUAGAUGAGAUUUUCGAUACAAUAUCCUACAACAAGGGUGCAUCAGUGAUCAGAAUGUUACAUCAGUAUGUGGGUGAUCAGGACUUUAGGAAAGGUCUAAAUCACUACCUGAAGACGUUCGAGUACAGUGCUGCCUCCACAGAGGACCUCUGGGCCAGUCUGUCUCACGCCAGUUCGAAGCCUGUUGCAGACGUUAUGGAAACAUGGACCAAACAAAUGGGAUAUCCUGUGUUGUCUGUUACAGCAGAAAAAAAAGGGAAAGAUGUGGUGGUCACCAUAACACAGAACAAAUUUUCGGCUGAUGGGACAACUGAAGAUUCUUCCCAAUGGAAAGUACCGAUCACUGUUUGCACUAGUACCAGUCCCUUAACCCCCGCAGUUGAAACGUUGUUAGAAAAUAAAACCUGUGAAAUAACAGUCAGUGGAGUUGGAAAAGAUCAGUGGAUUAAGUUAAAUCCAGGCCAAGUUGGUUUCUACCGAGUACAGUACUCGUCCGACAUGUUGGAGCUUCUCCUGCCAGCCAUAAAGGACAACAGUCUUCCACCAAGGGACAGAUUGGGUUUGCAGAGUGAUCUGUUUGCUCUGGCGCAAGCGGGUCUCACAUCCACAACAGAAUUCCUAAAAUUAGCUGAACAAUUUAGCAACGAAACAAACUAUACAGUGUGGAAUGACCUAACAUCGAAUAUGAGCAGCUUGUCGAAGCUGCUACAAAACACUGGGUUCUACUCUAGCUUCCAGGCCUUCUGUGUAAAGCUGUACGAAAACAUUGCCCAGAAAGUUGGAUGGGACCCUAAAGUUGGAGAAGGUCAUUUGGAUGCGCUGUUGAGGGGCCUGGUGCUGGGUUGUAUGGGACGCAGUGGUGAUCAAGCAACCCUCACCGAGGCGCGCAAGAGAUUUGAAGCACACUGCAAAGGUGAAUCCACCAUCUCGGCAGACUUGAGGUCAGCGGUUUAUAGCACAGUUCUUAAGCAUGGUGAUGAUAACACCUUAGAGUCUGUGAUGAAAUUGUUUAAAGAAGCUGAUCUGCAUGAAGAGAAAGUCCGACUGAUGAGAUGUAUGGGAGCUGUAUCACAACCUGAUCUGAUCAAGAAAGUCUUGGAGUUCUCAAUGUCUAGUGAUGUUCGGUCACAGGAUACUGUUUACGUUAUCGCUGGUGUAACCGGCAGUUUAGCAGGGCGUGAACUCGCGUGGCAGUUUGUCGAAGACAAUUGGGACGAGCUGUACACCCGUUAUGCUGGAGGACUGUUAUUCUCUCGUCUCAUAAAGAUGACCACAGAUUCGCUUGCAACUGAAAAGAGCCUCAACGAAAUAAAGGUAAAGUAA